UUGCGCAUCAUCCAGCAUACUUUUUCCAGCUCGCAUCAGAAGCCAUCGGAUCAAGAUCGGGGUAAUGAUGGCGCCACAUCGGAAGCGGUAUCAACAUUAUCCACCGAUAAUGAUCAAACCAAGCAAUCAUUUUUCUUUAAUGAUAACAUUGUCGGUCAGAAGUACAUGGAACCGUCACGUCUGCCAGGCAGCACACAUGUCCGUGGCACACAGAUAGUAUGGGAACGGACACAGACUGUGCUCGAGUUACCCAUACUUGGUCAUUUUCGGACUUACGAAAAACGAGCGGAUCGUGCACGACCAAAUCCUUGGCGUCGACACGGAGCAUUGAUGAAAAUCCACGAAAUCGGUGGCUGGAUUUCAAAACUGGAAAAACAACCAGUCAGUCGUAGAAACAGGAAGUAUUACUACGUGAAGCCAGGCAGCAAAGCAUGCAAUGCACCGACACGACCGCCAAUCAUGAUCCGGGAAAGCAAAUUCCUUCCAGCCUCAGCUGUGAGCAUUCCUGAUAUUCGUUUACAGAAUGUGGAAGAAUUAGCAUACACCACAGCAAUUCAGAUACAGGAAGCUAUCCAAGCGGUGGUUCUGGAUUCCCAUGCGAACACCCACACUAAAUCGAGGGGCUCAAAGGAUGACAACAGCGAUAACCGUUCGACACGAACAGAUAGCAGCACAACGGUGACGAAACGAAACUCUUCUGCAAUUCAGAGACUACCCGUCCAAGAACCGGCGAGGAACACGACACGCUCCAGAUCACUGGGUGGGCUGGCCAAUCGUAGAAAACGAUGA